AUGACUUCUCCCAAGUCUCUGACAACACUGCUUUCAACCGUCCAUGAUAUCCUGUCUAAGCCAUCACCAGAGAAUGCAACACACCCAUUUUCACUCAAAUCGGAAGAGGCGAUCGCGACGCUUGGUUCUGUAAUUGACACGACAGGUCAACUGGCCACAUCACUCAACUCUUAUACGAUGGUGAACUGGACGAACACAAAACUCGUAUCACUCUUGCGUCAACAAACGUCUAUAACAGAAACGAUCCAUGGAUCGAAAGAGAGCACUCGCCAGGUUAUAAAAGAACUUCGAAAACGCUCCGGGACCAACUCUAACUACGGAGAAGACAUUCCGAUUGAACCUCAGGCUGUUGUCGAUUGGUGCAUAAGUAAACUCCAAGCUUGGGCAACAUCUGUCGGUUUAGAAGCAUAUCGCGAAGAUGAGAAUAAAGCAGGCGUAUUAUUGGCCGGUCUGGUAUUUGCCAUGGACGUGGAGUUUGUCGUAAGCCGGGAAAAUCCUUUGCGACCUCGAAUCGAUGUGGCCAGCGUGACAACGGCAUACAGUGGCUCUACAGACACAACACCGUCACUCGACUCAUUCAUGGCCAGAACGAUUCAAAACUUUUGCGACGAACUGAACAAAGCCGAGCAAGCGCGCGACCCUCGACGUGUCGCAAAACUCGGCUCUUGUGUUAUUGACCAACUGCGCUACUUGAAAUUACUCGAUCCACUCGCUAAAGCUGAGAGCCCACCAGAAGACAAACCCGGCGAAAACUUCGGUGUCAGAUGGUUCACAGACACAGACAAGCUAUACUUGGUGCUCCAAAAUUUAUGCCAGAACGAAGCGCGAGCCGUCGCCUCGUCGGUUUCUCUUGAUCGCGCACCAUUGGAUAUCUAUCUGGUGCGGUGCCAUGCCAUCGCACUCCCAUAUCUCAUUUCGCCCUCCAUAACUUUCCUCGUCCACGUCUCCCCAACCGCCUAUUUGGCCAUGAAAAACUCUUCAAGCGAAUCUGGGUCAGAGCUCGAUAUUUCUCUGGAAAAUCUUCGUUCUUACCUCUCGCUGCCGCGAAAAGGCAUUUGCCUUGCCACAUUGUUGCUCUCGUCCAUAUCGGUUCCGCAACUUUUCCCUCAAUCGCUUUCGAUGCCAAGCUUACUCUCUCGUCCAACAUUUCCACUCGUGCCAGAAGGCUCUGAAAUAGAGCAUAGUUUUCCUGAAGCUGUACUGACUGCGGGUCCCCAACAUAUGUGGACACUGGAUUUCACACAGGGCGGUCAAGUGCCUGGCGUCAUACUCAGUCAAUCUCGGUUGCACGAAAUCGAACUCAUCAUACACCCCCUUGGUGGAAUAGAUACCCCUUUGACUCUUAAUGUGAUGUCUUUUGGGACCGGUAGCUGGGUCGCGGCCUUGCUUAAUCCACUGAAUCCAGUUUCGUCAGAACGAUAUACUGCGCUCUACCGUUCUCCAUCUAACCUGCAUCCGCCCUUACAACUUCGUCUCACCCUCCCCGAAGAACCUGGCUUCCUUCUAGAGAAGGUGCCUGUCCACAGCUUGAAGGAAGUUUGGGCUGUCCUUGAAGUUGUCAGAGAGCAAUGCUGGCUGAACGAAAUCCUGCUUGGUUGUCAUUGGUCGACAGAGGGGAUCGCAAAUGACGAUGACGAUGUUCCAGUCGAUGAAAGCGAUGCAACUGAGGAGCAGCUCUUAUCUGUUCUGAAUGGCACGCUGACCCCGCAAAAAAUACCUGUGAACGUAUCUUUGCCUCAGCGCACUGACCCAGUUUUUGACCCCAGCCUGGACUCGAUAACAAUGCCGUCCGUGGACCGACGAACGAAAAUACUCAUGACCAGUCCUGAACGACCACCGAUUUCCGGUGUGGUGGAAAUUACAGUCGCAUACGAUGAGACAAGGCCUCGAGCAGUCAGCGUCGAACUGAGUGGAGCCAUAGGAUGCGACAUUAAAUCAGAGACGCUUGAAGAGAUAGUGCGAAGAGGAGGGGCCUUGGGUUUGUCGGGCCGAAUAUGGGCGAACUCGGCAAAGACAUGA